AUGUCCAAUAGGCGGGAGGCCAGUGCAUUAUUUAUGCGAAAACAAUGUGGUAUCGAUCACACGCGUACCCUUAUAGGCCAGAGGGUCUACAUCUGCUGUCCAAUCCCGGUUUGUCUAACCGAUGAGAAAUGUGUCAGACUGGAUAAGUGCCCCCACUUGCGUGACAUUCUUAAUUCCGAGAAUGUCACUCCGGCUAAGAAGGAAAUAAUGCGCAGGCAAUGUGGAAUCGAUGCCAGUCAGAGAUUUUUAGAACACCGUAUGUAUAUCUGCUGCCCCAAAAUGGGUACCUUCCUGCCAAAAGAUGAGAAGUGUGGACAGGGCACAGAAGAAGCGGGGCUCAGUGAGCUCCCAUGGUUGGCCAUGCUAUUUUACCAGAAUACCACAACUUGGGAUCCAAUACUUGACUUCAACUGUGAGGGCUCCCUGAUCAACAACCGCUACGUCCUAACCGCAGCCCACUGUGUGGUCCCUGGGAAAGAAAUUUCGAUGGACUUAGUGCUCAGGAAAGUUCGUCUGGGCGAGCAAUCCAAUCCCGAUUGGGUCGGGCUAAAUGCUGGCAAGAAGAGGUUCGCCUUUGGGCCUUCGGAUUUCGAGGUGGAGGAUGUUAUUGUGCAUCAAAACUACACAAAAUCUUACGUAAACGACAUCGCCCUUCUGCGACUCGAAAUUCCUGUACGUUAUACGAAUCAAAUCGCACCUAUUUGUGUUCCAAGAGCUCAUACGGCCUUAAAGAAAUCUGCAUUGCGAAUUGCCGCCUGGAAAAUGACUAAUAACGGAAAACCGAGCCAAAUACUGUUGCAGAGCACCAUUAGAGAAAAUAAGCAAAGAUGCUCAAAGAAGUUUAAAUACUUUGACCGACCGUCUCAAAUAUGUGCUGGUGUCCAUGGUGAAACGGACACAUGUUUGGGCGACUCCGGCGGUCCCCUGAUGGGAAACAUAACACUCAGCAUUUAUGUGGUCGGCAUCUCAUCAUAUGCAGCCCAACCUUGCGGACAGAAGGGCGUUCCAGGAGUUUACACAAAGACUGGAGUAUACUACAAAUGGAUAGUUAAGUCUCUAAAGCCUUGA